AGGCUCUGUACGGAGGGACCUGGUCGACCUGCUCCACUCGGUCCCGCCACCACCGCCGCCCAUGGGGAACAACCACUGCGUCCCUCAGGCCCCUAGGAGGCUCCGGGCCUCAUUCUCCAGAAAGCCCUCGCUGAAGGGAAAUAGAGAGGAUGGCGCAAGGAAGCUGGCCGGCCUGUUUGGCACCGAGGCAGGUCCCGACCCGGACGCCACCGCUGACAAGAUCUUCUACUACAUCCCUGGGCCGGACCUCCAGGGCCUGGAGAUCCAGCCAGAAAACCUAGAGCAGCCGUUCCUGAGUGUGUUCAAGAAGGGGCGGCGGAGGGUGCCCGUGAGGGAUCUGGGCAAGGUUGUGUACUACGCCAAGGUCCAGCUACGAUUCCAACACAGCCAGGACAUCAGCGACUGCUAUCUGGAGCUAUUCCCCUCCUACCUCUACUUCCAGGCCCAUGGUUCCAAAGGACUCACCUUCCAGGGGCUGUUACCGCUGAUGGAACUGAGCGUCUGCCCGCUUGAGGGGUCCAGAGAGCACGCCUUCCAGAUCACAGGCCCGCUGCCUGCUCCUCUUCAUGUGCUGUGCCCCAGCCAGGCUGAGCUGGGUCACUGGCUGUACCACCUGGAAAAGCAGAUAGCCCUCGUGCAAGGGCCACAGCUCUGCCACUCAGCACCCCUGCAGGGCCCCCCCGAGGAUGAGCUGCCCUGGACUCUGCAGCGCAGGCUGAUCCGGCUCCGGGCAGCAUCUGGACAUCGAACGGUGGGCAGUGCCGUCUGCGCCUCGAGGGUCAAGCUGCAGCAUCUGCCUUCACAGGAGCAAUGGGACCGGCUCCUGGUUCUGUACCCGACAUCCCUGGCUAUCUUCUCCGAAGAAGCAGAUGGGCUUUGCUUUAAGGGGGAGCUGCCCCUCAGUACCAUCCACAUCAACCUGGAGGAGAAGGAGAAGCGGAUCCGUUCUUUCCUGAUUGAAGGCCCGCUCAUCAACACCAUUCGUGUGCUGUGUGCCAGCUAUGAGGACUACAGCCACUGGCUGCUCUGUCUGCAGACCAUCUCGCCCCGGGCUGGAGGCCCCCCGCCAGCUGGCCUCCCGGGGCUGUGGGGGUCCACACAGGUCAUGGGUGGCGGCCGAGGCUCCCUCUCCUCAGACGGACGAACCAGCUGGGACUCAGGGUGCCCUGCGCCCCCCUCCACCCACACCAGCCACUCUCUCCCUGAGUCGUCAGUGCCGUCCACCACAGGCUGCCCUGCCCAGCCUGUGCCUGACCAGGCCGACCCUGGCCGCACCAGCACCCGCAGGCAGAGGGCCGAGCUGAGACGGAGCAGCAGUAGUCGGUCACCCAGGAGUGAGGCCCGGAGCAAGGAGCCCAGCCUGGCCACCUCGCUGUACUUGGACCUGACCAAGCUGAGCAGGCAGAGCCUAGAGGACAACCCUGAGGCCCCAGACCACUCUCUGAAGACCGCACACUCCCCACUCUAUGCCGAUCCCUACACACCACCUGCUACCUCCUAUCACAAGAUCACAGAUGUCCAGGGCCUGGAUGAGUUCCUCAGCGCAGCACAGAGUUCACUUGGACCUGAGUCCUCGAGCCCGUUCCCCUCGGUCCCUGUGUCUGUGCCUGUCUCGGGCCCCAGCUCUGGACUCUCCGGUCCCCACUUGCUCUCCAAGAAGGGAGCCCUGCAGCCCAGAGCCUCUCAGCGGCACCGAGGCUCCAUCAAGGGCCAGGGGCCACUCCCUCCAGAGUCCCCUCAGCAUGUGAGCAGCAGCACUCACCCCUGCCAGGUCUCCCCUGUGCAGGAAGUCUCGCCCGACCCCCUGCCACCUCCCUCAGCAGGUGGUCGUCCCCCCAAGAGCUAUGACAACAUCCGGGACAACACUUCCUCUCCCUCCCACAAGCGGUGGCCCCGAGGAGGAGCUGAGGCUUGGGGGGGGCUCAUCCAGUGGAUCUGAUGGCUUCUGGGUGGCUGGUUCUCAGGACCACCUGCCAGCAUGGGCUCUGCCAUGGGGACUACGGCACAGCCUGGGGCAUUCUUUGUAGGGCCACAGGCUGACCGGCAUCCGACCCCUGAACCCCACCCAGUGCUGAGUCCAUGUCUGAUCCCAGCAGGCUGAAGAGAGCUCCCAAACUUCCCUGGGCUCUGGAGGGGCCAGGAGGGGGGCCUCGUCCUGAAGACGGCCUGGCGACGUGGCUGGACCACAGAUCAGAGCAGGCCUCGCAGGAGACCCAGCAGCAGCCCUUCCUCCAGGGAAGCAAUGAGGAAGGCCACUGGGCGCAGGCUUUACCUGCCAGUGGGAGGAGCAGCAGGUGGGAAGGUCAGAGGGCUGAGAACGUCAGGUUAGUGAGGGUCAGCGCACGUGAGGUCAGAGGGCGUGACGGUAGGAGGUCAGCAAAGUCCGAGACACGACAAGUAGAGGUAGAGGGCGUUCUGGGCAAGUGUCAGUGGGCUGGGGCAGGUCAGGAGA